AUGGAAGCCGAUGUCGAUGGGAUCGAUGUCGAUGAUGACGAUGACGACGAUGCUGGCAUAUUCAGCAUCGCCAAUGACCGCCAAAGUGAGGACGAUGAUACCCUCACUGGUGAAGAAAACGUUCUUUCAGCAGUGCACACGAAGCGAACUGCUGUUGACAAGGAUGAAUCAGCAGAGGAAUUUCUGCUGACUCGCGAAGCGGUUGUCCGCUUCGUUCAAGAUAUUGCAGAUGCACUAGACAGACAGAAGAGAAACGCAGACAAACAUGGAAGAACAAAAAUUCUUUCAUUUAUUGAAGCAGAUUUAGUUUUACUGUCUACAGUAAACUUACCGAAGCACGCAGUGAAAAACGUGGGCAGCAGUAAAUUACUGCCCAGGUACAUCGGUCUAUUUCGUGUGUUGCGCCGAAUGGGCAACGCAUAA